CAACCAAGCUUUCAUUAGACCGCUAGCAGCGUCACCGUGAGGACGCAUCUCGUACCGUGUCCGUGUGCGCCGUUUUAUCCGGCAAAUUGUGUUCUGUCGCGUCGCGGGUGUAUGGUGCGCGGUUUUAGAAAAUAAAUAAAACGCCCCCUGCUAUUAAGGGAAUUUUCCGGUGCUUUGAAAAGAAAAAAAUUGCCCUUCGCGGUGCAGUGUUGCGGUGCGCUUUUGAGUGAAAAAAUGUGAAGCAAAAAUCGCGCGCGUUGGUGUUUAACCGGUGUGUUUACGUAUGAAGCAGCAGUUGGUGUGGUUUAGUUACAGUGAGAUAAAUAAUUUUACACACAAAUAAUCACACGUUUCGAAAGAAGGUUUGAAUAAUUUUCCAGUUUCCGGGUGUGUAUGUGUAGCUGCUGCUGCUGCUGCACAGUGUAAACAGCCGGCAAGACCGUUGCCGGCCGCUGUGGGUGUGUGUGCAAUCAGGUGCAAAGCGGCUAAAACAGCAAGUGCUGUGCAUCCUUUGCCGUGUUUCAAGUGUGUUUUUAUUCGAAUCAAAAAUCAUCUCCCCUCCAGCCAAAACAACACCUUUCAAAUAAAACGGCUUUAAAAAAGGGAAACACAGCCGGCUUUACAAGUAAAAAAACCCCGUGUGUCCGUGUGCGUGCUUACAAUUGCCAACAAAAAAAGAGGCGGCGUGGAAAAUUCCCUGCUUUGGAAGAGAAAAUUGCAAACUACCGUCCACCGGCGUGAAGAGGGGUUGGCUAAAAUUGCCAGUCGGUCGGUCCCCGAAAUCAUCCCAGCCUACCAGGGGUUGUUGUGUUACAUAGUGUGCGUGAAUUUGUGCGCUGGAGUGUUUUCCCCCCUCUCCUUUCGCUCCCUUUCUGGUUGUCUCCAGCCCCGGCAAAAGACCGGGUGAAUGCGUUACAAGAGCGCCGUACGCGCUGUAGUGCUUGUGUGGCUGUGUGUGUUCGUGCGUAUGCGUGGGUCGGCGUUUGUCGGCGUUUAAUUGGUGUUAGUGUGCAAACGCCGCAAAACGGAGAGCAGAAAGAAACGUGCGCACGUACGUCAGUGUAGCUGUGUGUGAGUGUGUGUGUUGUGUUUAUGCAGUUUUUAUUUUCGUCUGUCUGUCUUUUCGCGUUGCCUUUUCGUUUGCUGUGUGAAAAGAGGUGCUUUAAUGUGUGAUAGAAUUUAAUACAAAAAAGUGUGUGUGUGUGUGUGUGCAAAGGUGGUAAAAAGAAAAGAAAGAAGGAGCGAAAAGAGGCACCUGUUCUACCACCGGUCUCACUGUUGUUCUGCAUAAUUCCUUAGUGUGUGUGUGUGUGUCUGUAUUGAUGAGCACAGUGCAUAUGUGGUCAGUUGUUAGGCAAAUCCUGCAUCGAAGCAAGCGGCUGCACUCGCCGGGUGCGUAAGUGUGUGAAAGCGGUGAUUUUCGCUGUGUGGAAUCUCCGAAGAGGUGGGUGAAGCGUGUGUAUAAAGCCAACCAACAACACAAAAAAAUGGCCGCUUUACGAGUGGCCGCCCUGCUGUGGUGCGUGCUGCUGCUCCCACUAGCAUCGACGGCCAUCCAGCAGCAGCUGCAGCAGCAGGAAACGAUCGUCGCACACGGCGGCGAGACGGAAACGGGCAGCGCCGGCGAAGAGUUCCAGCAUCACAACCGGUGCGAACCGAUCACGAUACCGUUCUGCAUCGGCAUCCCGUACAACCGCACGAUCAUGCCGAACCGGUUCGGGCACACGAAGCAGGACGAGGCGGCGCUGGAGGUGCACCAGUACGUGCCGCUGGUCAAGAUCGACUGCAGCCCGGAUCUGAAGUUUUUCCUCUGCCUGCUGUACGCGCCCGUCUGCACGAUACUGCCGUUUCCGAUACCGCCCUGCCGGAGCCUGUGCGAGAGUGCCCGGGCCUGCGAGAGCAUCAUGAAAACGUUCAACUUCCCGUGGCCGGAGAACCUGGAGUGCUCGCAGUUCCCGGAGUACGGUGGCGAGGAGCUGUGCGUGUCGAAGCACAAUGCGAGCGAAACGCCGACCCCGAUACCGACGAGCCCGGCUGGCGUUGGGGCGGGCAGUGCUGGGGCCGGCAGUGCCGGCGGUGGCUAUCCGAUGAAAACGGUGGCCGCUGCACCGUAUGUACCACCGCACCGGAAGACGUCCGGGGUGGUGGCGGGUGGUGGUGUGAGCGCUGGUGGACCGCCGGGCAGUGGGCUCGUCGGGACGCACCGGGACCUCGGCUUCAUCUGUCCGGUGCAGCUGAAGGCGCCGACCCUCAUGGGCUACCAGCUGACCAUCGGUGGAAAGGUUACCAAGGAUUGCGGUGCACCGUGCAACUCGAUGUUCUUCUCGGAAAACGAGCGCACCGUGCUGAAGUACUGGGUCGGCUCGUGGGCUGCCGUGUGCGUGGCGAGCUGUUUGUUCACGGUUCUGACGUUCCUGAUCGACUCGUCCCGUUUUCGGUAUCCGGAGCGCCCGAUAGUGUUUCUCGCGAUAUGCUACCUGAUCGUCGGCUGCGCGUACGUGGCCGGUCUCGGUGCGGGCGAUUCCGUCGCCUGCCGGGAACCGUUCCAGUCGCACAUCAAAAUCGGCCGGAUGCAGAUGCUGUCGACCAUCACACAGGGCCAUCGUCAAUCAACGUCGUGCACGGUGCUGUUCAUGGCGCUGUACUUCUGCUGCAUGGCAGCGUUCGCCUGGUGGGCCUGUCUGGCGCUGGCCUGGUUCCUGGCGGCCGGUCUCAAGUGGGGCCACGAAGCCAUCGAGAGCCGUUCGCACCUGUUCCAUCUGGUGGCGUGGGCUAUCCCGGCGGUGCAGACCAUAUUCGUGCUAGCGCUCGGCAAAGUUGAAGGUGACGUUCUGUCAGGUGUUUGCUUCGUCGGUCAGCUGGACACACACUCGCUCGCCAUGUUUCUGCUGAUACCGCUCGUGAUCUACCUGUCGAUCGGGGGGAUCUUCCUGCUGGCCGGCUUCGUGUCGCUGUUCCGCAUUCGCACCGUGAUGAAACACGACGGCACCCGGACCGACAAGCUGGAGCGGUUGAUGCUGCGCAUCGGGUUCUUUAGCGGGCUGUUCAUACUACCCUCGCUCGGCUAUCUGGCCUGCCUGUUCUAUGAGUACUAUCACUUCGACGACUGGAUGAUCCAGUGGAACCGGCAGAUGUGCAAAAUCUUCUCCAUCCCGUGUCCGGCGGCCCGGCACGGCCCGCCCGACCCGAAGCCCAUCUUUCACAUCUACAUGGUGAAGUACGUCUGCUCGAUGCUGGUCGGCGUGACGUCGAGCGUGUGGCUGUGGUCGGGCAAAACCGUCGUCAGCUGGCGGCAGUUCGCCGAGCGGCUCCAGGGCAAGGACACGCGGAGCCGCGGUGCGUACGUCUAGUAGAGGGUAACGCGGGUGCGCAUCGUCGCCCACCACCAUCCGGCGGUGCGCAUUACCGCGCGAGUCAUUAGGUUUUAGGAAGAGGCGUCCCCAUCCUCCUCAUCACGAUCAUCAUCCCCAUGCUCAUCGAACACAGACCGAUCGAUCACCGACCACCACCAGGGGGCGGGAGCACUUCAACCGAACGCCUCAAAAGCUCACACAAAGCCCCGCAACACAGUAGCAGUAGCAGCAGCAGUGGAAGGAAGCUGACACGCAGAGAGAAGGGUUUCCGGCAUUGAACUCCCCUGCAGCAGCAGCAGGGAGCGAGAUGCGUAAAGUAGGACCGCAUAAUUUAGACAUAAGGAUAUAUGUUUCGUUCGAGGUUUAAUUUUGCGAAUGACCAAAUAUCUCUGUAGUACACAGGCAUCGGUUUAGUGGUAGCGUGUAGCGCGUUAUAGAAUUAUUCAGCAUCCCCGCCCGCUCGAUGCAGCUUACAUUGUACAGAUCCGUCUUUUUACUUCGUUUGCUAGCUUACACACAAUACCUGGCCUGACGCGGGGCCGCUUCAUUCACGUUGGACAGAUGAGGUAGGAAUUUGUAUUAAGAGACAGAGAGAGAAGAAAUGAAAUACGUUAAUGUGAUGCGAAAGAGAUAGUGUAGAAGAAGAGGGGAGUCGCCGUUGCUUGGUAAACAAGAAGUUCCCGCAACUCUGUGGAAGGUCCUGCAGAAUUGGCUACGCUUUAGUUAAGAGUAAUAGGACGUCAGUACGCGAAUCUUUUGCACACCGUACCGAGAGUGUGGUAAGAGAAUACCUAUAUCUGUGUAAGAGAGUUAGCAGCCAACUGUAGGACUGUCCAACUGUCUAGCGCUGUACCAUACCUACCUACCUUAGCCUGCCUACCUUCGUAAAGUAGAUGUGGUAAUACUGUCGUGUCGAUGCAUCCUCAUCCCGCCAAAAAAAAAUAUCGGGACCUCUGUCGGCACUCUCCUGCUCGAACAGCAUUAACUCUGUACAUAACGAACGUUAUCUAGGAUCUGUUUGUCGGUGGUAAAAGGUGGACCUCCUCACUGCUUACCACGUGAGAAGGUAGUAUGAUAGCGCGAAUUUUGCGAAUUUUGCGCCGUGUAAAAUAGUUAAGAACAGAGCUCCAAAAACCGCCUGCCUAACAGGCGGUUGCAUUGCAUUUAGCAUCUAUUUUCUUUCCCCGUCGUAUCUUUAAGUCGCAAAUUGUUGUUGAAAGCCACACACACAUCCACACUCCUCCACUGCUGUGUGUGCGUUUUCCAGUCGUCCCGUGAAGUCAUCCUGCCCGAAAUGAACUCCCGUUGGCAGCGGUUCAACAAGAUUUGGCACAGAUGAGAGUGCUUCGAGUGCUGCUUUACAGUGAGCGCACUUUACAAUGCGAUGAAAUCCGUUUUUCCCAUCAUCAUCUUGGCUUUUCCCUCGAUGCUCCCAAAAACGCGACAUUUGAAGCCCCGUGUGCCCGUUGCCAACGUACCGAUGCUAACUAGCUACCAAUCCUAUCGCACUAAUUAAGGGCCAAAGGGCCGUACGUCGAACAAACCAAACAGGGGGGGCCAAUCUUGCUCGGUGUGCGAUGGCGUGUGCUCCCGAAAUCCUUUCGCCCCCGGCCGCAACUUUAGCGAAGUAUGUCAUUACUGGCUGGCUGGCAGGGGCGCGGAAUUGUUCUGCCGGAACGCUCCGAAAUCCAAUCGUCGUCGUCGUCGUCAUACAUGAAUAUUAAUGACAGUGUGUAAGCCAUUAUCGGUGGUGGCUGCGCACGGUGAUGUCCUUGCAGCAUCUCCACGAAAUGCUCCAAUUGCUGGUGUGCUCGGUCAAGGAUGUGUUGUGUAGCCUGCGUCCUCAUUAUCCCUUGGCCGUAGAGGGCGCGCGUGCUGUAGUGAUUUGAGAUUCCGAUAGUGUCACAUCGUUCGUGUCCUCUUGUGUUUCUAUCUACCAGUCAUCCACUGGUAAUAGGAACCCAGCAGCAGCAGCAGCAGCAGCAACCGCAAGGUCCUUUAGCGUGACAGAACAAGAAUUGUAUAAUUGGAAGCAGAGAAUCCUCAUCACACACACACACACGCGGACACACAAUUCGAAACGCGGACGAUGCCAUUAAUUAUCUGAAGCAGAUUAUAUAGGGACCCGGGUCUUCGGCACGUUUUACCUCCCCCGCCCGGCAAAUGGGGAUUUCCAUAGUAAAAUAAGGAGGGAAGUAAAUUCUGUCGGCGUUGUGGGUUUUUGGGGUUUUUGGGCGGGGUUGUAAAGUAACGCCGCUGGCGCCCGCGGUACCACGUGCCUGGGAAAGUUAAUUAAUCAUGGUGUAGACGGCGACUCUUAUCCCUGUGCUGUGACGUAUGAGGACAGUUUUUGACACAUCCAACGAUAGGGACGAUUAAAAAAAGCAAAGCCAAUCCUGAAAAACAACAGCAGCGAAAAGCUCCUUUUUUUUGGGGUAAAGCAACAAGCGUUUCCUGGAGCCGUGAUCCUUUUGACCUUUGAGCUGUCAGCUAUAUCCACUUUUGAGCGCUUCACCUCGAAGAAGUCACACAAUUAUAUUUCAAUUAACAAUUAACUCCUGCUCUCAGAAGAGAGAGAGAGAGUGAGAUGGAUUGCUGAUUGCCAGUGGGAAGGAACUGGGGAACUGUUAGAAUCGGGCGUUUGUCUUCGGGCCCAAAAACCGAGCGCGAUAAGUGCCAGUCAAAGUGAGGUUAUAAAUUAAUGCGUCUCCAGGCAUUGCCGCCGCUCGCUAUUCGGGAAUUACGUUACGUGGAGUGUGGAACCUUUGAGAGGUGAUUUUAAUUUUGCAACGUCCUUUUUCUGUAGCAAUGGCACCUGAAACAUGGGACAAUGAAACGAGCCAUGAAAAUUAAAAUGCAAAGUACACACCACCAUUUCGCGUUCCUGCUCCAUUUCUAGCUUACUUGCUCCUCGUCAACCAAUCCAAGAGACAUCGCUUCGCAUUGUUUUCCUUCCCCCUGGUCGGUUGGUGUGUUUGUGUGUACUUGUUCCUUUUUGCAAAUUCCUUCCUUCCUGUUGCGCGGUCGCCAUACGCUGCUUGGCUUUGGUUUGGUGUGUUUUCACGUGGCCGGGCUUGUGGCCGGGUCGUCGUCGCCGUCGCCGUCAUCGCUGCGUGUUGUGCCCCCGAGCAGCGGAUCGGUUGACGUGCAAAUAAAAUUGUGUUUAUGUUUUUAAUUUAAUUUUACGAUUAUUGCUCUCUGUGCACGCUGGGGCUCGCCCCGUCUUUUCCCUGCUCGCGCUCGCGGGGAUCGCUUUUAUGAGAAACAGAUUUGUGUGGCGAGCGGUGUCAGUGCUUUUUGUUUGCAUCUUUGCUCAUUCGGUUUGGCGAGGAGCGCAUUCCGAUGCAAAAAUGUUGCUUUAUUACAGGGAGUGGAGUGGCGCAAAAACAAAACAAAAACGAGCGACUGCAUCGGCUGCUUUAGAGCAGCAAAAAGCUUGCACUUUGUGUAAAGGGCAGAUGGGAUUGCUUCUUUUUUUUGUGCAUAAUAAAAUUAAUAUUUGCCGUAUCUUUUGACGCUGAUGAAGCCAUCCGGAGUGCUGGUUAAAGGCCUAUUGAAUGGCCUAUUGCAUUACAAUUCAUUUCCCAAGCAAGGCUUCCCUUUUUGAAUGAGGCGUUUGAAUGCAUUCGAGCUUCAGGUUGAGCUUUCAUGAAGAAUUCUUUUAAAAUGUAUUUGCUUUUAUUUUUGCUUACUUCAAUUUUCAAGUGUUUUGAAAAACAACCCAAAUCGAACUUGCCGAUCGAAAUUAAGUUUUAAUCGAAAAACACCAACACACUUUCCCCGCAAACACAUUUGCCCUGGUGAAAUGGGUUUGUUUACGCCUUUUUGCGCAGCGAGUGCUUUUUUCCAUCGCUGGCUUAAAAUUUGAAAGACACAACAACAAACGGAUCCUUCCUUUGAAUCGCUCGCGACUUAUGCAGGGGCUUUCUAGCUUGAAAAUAUAAAAAAAAAUCAAAGCUAUAGUCUGCUCGGUAAGCCAAACAGGAGCCAAACGGGGGGGAAAAAACUAGCCAACCCAUGGUCGCGCGCAGCGCCAUCUCGUUAACGAUGUUUGCGGUGUCGUUUGCCUAGUUCUUCUUCCCCGCGUGUUCGGACAAAAGCUAUCAUCUGCACUCAAGAUUGGAGCUGGAAAACCUCUUGAAAGAUUUCUUAUUUUCCGGGAGGGUUCCCCCUUAAAAAUGGUUCCCUGGCUGCACACACAAGAUGGCUUUUUUUGCCUCCUUCUUGUCAUCGGAAAACUCUCUCUUGCUUGUGCCGACGCGUUGGUCGACUUGGAGAAGGCGCACCGUUGGCAUAGGAUUGACGAAGGUUCCCGGGGACUCAAUCAACUCUCAAGAGAGGUUUCAACUCUCGCUCUGGUUUGUCGUUCGAUUGGUUUCGCCCUUCGCCCUUGUCACUGGCAGCGACAAAGAUUGUCGUCCAAACGAGAAAGCGACGACCACUCGACGUGGGGAGGAAAAAAUAGGUAAACAGAUGCACGGAUUUCCUUCUCUGUGUGUUCCUGUGCUAACUGACUGAGAGGUGUCCCAACGUUGCUCCUGGUGAACGAGACAGCCUCGAGUGUUUGGAACGGGAAUGCUUGUGCAUCCGUGAGGACAUUAGCGACACGAGUGUGAAUUGAUUUCUUCCUCCCAUGUAAAGUGUGGCUGUUGAGGUGAUUACUGCUGUCCCUCUGUAAGACGGCUAAAGGUCGUGGGGCAACUUGAGGCUCACAUAUCAUAUUUACAUGCGCACAACAAACCCUCCCGACAAGAAAGAAAAGUCGGUUGUACCGAUUAAUUUGUUGGCAAUAAUCGAGUUCUUCCUUCCGCAUUUUUUCCACGUCACUCCCCAGUUCAUUCGGCUUCAGUGCUCGAAAUGGGAUUCGAUUAAUUUUCCCAUGCGAAAAACAACUUUUUUUUUGUGCUCUUCCCGCGCUUUCUUGCAACGGAAAAACGAGUGAUCGCGAUAAUGGGCGAUUUCUCUCCCGGGAUCAAUAAAUAAAUGUUUAUCUUUGCCGACGACGACGACGACGACGACGCACGACAACAACAGAGAAGGGACACAGCAGCAAAAAAAGAAGUUCUCAGCAGGAGCAGCAAGCAGAAUAAGAAGUUUCCCACAACCGGCCAAGCCAGAAUAGUGAGCCACCAGCAGAAGCGUUCGUCCUGUUGGAGCGUGAGUGCCGGGUGUCACGUAAAUGGGCAAGUUACUUCCUUCGGUUUUGGUUGCAGUUUAUUUUUUUUUGCUUUCCAAUUUGCUUGAGCUAGUUUGGACGAAACUUCAACCCGCAGAGAACCAGUCUGGAGCCAUGGUUUUUGUUUUAUUUUAUUUUUUCACUUUUACUACUUGUCGUUAUCGGCCUUUUUUUUUUGGUUUUUAGUUACUGUGUUUUAUUAAUAGGAAUGCAGUGUCAUGAUAAAUGUCAGUCGGCGUUCAAAUUAAAGGGCAUUCGGUGUCCGGGCUUGAUGAUGGUGAAACGGCGGGGUGGCUUUGUGCAGGAUUUUUGCAAACGGAAACAACACAACGGAUGGGAGAAGGGAGAGAGAGAAGGUGAAAACUUGUUUUGAUAAACGUUUAUAUACAAACAUUUCUCGAGUUCUGCCAAAUAUUAUAGUGCAAGUCGUUUGGAGAAGGGCAAAACGAGACCCUCGGUUAUUAAUUUGUGACUCAACAUGUGUGCAUUUCCAUUCAUUUUGUCAUUUGUGUCAAGAACGACGAACACCUGUACUUCCUAUUCACUUUGUUUUAAUAAUUGUUGAUUUCAUUCUUCACAGGGUGCGUUGCAGCUUAUGCAAAACCCGAAUGCAAACCUAGCAGCAGCGCGACAAACGCAAAUCGAACUCGUGUCAAUUCACGAUCAACCGGAUAAAGCUGAUCGAUUACACACACACUUCACUGUGAAGGAGCGAAAGAACGGGCGAUCUAAAAAAAAGAAGGAAUUGUUAAGAAGCAUUUGCUUACGUUUCCCAUCUCUGUUUUUGAUUGCAAAAUCGAGCGAUGAAGAUUGGAAGUGGAUAAAAAUCAAAAUAUUAUUACAGAACAAAACCCAACCACUUUGCUAACGAGCUCUCGCAUUUUUGUGCGCAUCAUCUGCGUCUGCUGCUUCAACAAAAAAUGCCAAAUAAUCGAUCAAACCCCCAGUGGGUGGCGGGAGGUGGUGCACAUUGAUCUGGUAGCUAUAAAUAUUACAAAAAAUAAAGAAAGGAAAGUAAGAGAUACGAAGCGGAUGAGCCUUUCGCCCUGCAGCAGCAGAAGAUCAAUUAUUGGUUAGCCUGGUUUUAGCAGUUAAGUUAAGAAAAAAGCAGGAAUUAUUAAUUGUUAAACAAUGUGUCAUAAAAUGUAAAUGCUGCAGCUCCCAGAAUGCGUGUGCUGUGUUGCUGCUGUGGACGAGAAGACAUCGUGCAUCAGAAGACGUGUGCAUCCUUAUCGUCUGACACUGCUCUACUACACAUGCUACAGUGGGGGACAUCCGUGUUCCAGCCUGCCAGCAUUUGCCUUUCAUGUAGUCAUUAAUUUAGAUUUCGUUAGCAAAA